CGCAGAUAGAGAGAGAGAGACACACACACACACAAGGCUAUGCCGAUGACCUUAAAUUCCGUCAUCGCCGCGAACCUAGCUCCGACAGUAUCAUCGAAUUGUUUUAACCGGAAUGUUAAUCGCCGUCGGAUUAGCUUCAGCUCCGUGAACUGCUCGGUGGAGACGGCGGAAGCUGAACGGUGGGUGAAGCUGAAGAACGGGAACGAUUCACUGGAGAUAUGCAGAGUUCUCAACGGGAUGUGGCAGACGAGUGGUGGUUGGGGUAAGAUUGACCAAAACGACGCCGUUGAUGCGAUGCUUCGAUACGCCGAUGCUGGUCUCUCCACCUUGGACAUGGCCGACAUUUAUGGUCCUUCUGAAGAUCUUUAUGGCAUUUUUAUCAAUAGAGUUCGUCGAGAACGUCCACCAGAGUACUUGGAAAAGAUUAAAGGUUUGACAAAAUGGGUACCUCCUCCAGUGAAAAUGACUAGUAGUUAUGUUCGUGGGAACAUUGAAAAAUCGCGCAAGAAAAUGGAUGUGGCUUCUCUUGACAUGCUUCAGUUUCACUGGUGGGAUUAUGCGAAUGAUGGUUAUCUUGAUGCACUGAAGCACCUCACUGACUUAAAAGAGCAAGGUAAAAUCAAGACAAUUGCUUUGACAAAUUUUGAUACAGAGAGACUUCAGAAAAUCUUAGAGAAUGGAAUCCCUGUCGUUAGCAAUCAGGUGCAACACUCCAUUGUAGACAUGCGUCCUCAACAGAGAAUGGCUCAGCUUUGCGAGCUAACAGGCGUCAAACUUAUAACAUAUGGGACAGUGAUGGGUGGUCUUCUGUCAGAGAAGUUUCUUGGUACCAAUCUGACAAUCCCUUUUGCUGGCCCUCGCUUGGAUACUCCUUCUCUCCAAAAGUACAAAAAGAUGGUUGAUGCAUGGGGUGGUUGGAAUCUAUUCCAAAACUUACUUCGAACGAUGAAGAACAUAGCCUCAAAACAUGGAGUUUCGAUUCCGACAGUGGCUGUGAGAUAUGUACUAGAUCAGCAAGGAGUUGCUGGAUCAAUGAUUGGGGUGAGACUCGGGUUAGCGGAACACAUAGAAGAUGCAAAUGCUAUAUUCUCAUUGGUAUUGGAUAAAGAAGAUGUUAAUAGCAUACAAGAAGUUACCAAGAAAGGUAAAGAUCUUCUCCAAGUGAUUGGCGACUGUGGAGACGAAUACCGACGUAUAUAAUGUGCAUAAUACCGACGUAUAUAAUGUGCAUAUGUAAUUUAUACUGUAUGCAGUAUCAAGUCAUGUAAGUACACGUUUAUGUGUGUAGAAUCGUUUUUACGCUAAUAAGACUUCUUUUGAUGAGACAAAAAGACAA